AUGCUGUGUUGGGCAUUUAAUUGUACUCAUAAUAACCAAAAACACAAAUGUAGUUUCUUUAAAUUUCCUGUUGAAACUAAAGAGAGGCGUAGAUGGAUUAAAUUAGUGAAAAGAGAUGUUGAACCUGGACCUGGUGCUAGAAUCUGUAGUUGUCAUUUCAGAAAUGGAGACAAAAAAAAUGGUCCUGAAAUAUUAGAUCAUAGGAAAAAUGCAUUUUCUAAUUUUCAAUCACCAGAAAAAAGAAAAAGAACCAAAAUUGCUUGCCAUUCUGAUGACAAUGGACCUAGCACUAGCACUAGCACUAGCACUUGUAGCACAAUUACCCAAACACCAUCAUCAGAAAUUGUUGAAUUAAACAUACUUGAUUUAAAGAAUCAACUCCUCCAGUCUAGUCAAACCAACAAAUGCUUAGAAGCUGAAAUUUUGUUGCUAAGAAAAGAAAAUGAACAGUUAAAAUUAAAAAUGUCCUCAAUUUCUGAGUGCUUAUCUUAUGAACUGAUUUCAAGUAAUGAUGAAUUAAUUAAGUUAUAUACUGGGUUACCCAAUUCUAAAAUCUUUGAUUUACUGAUGGUAAUAUGUGAAAAUAUUGAGAUAAAUUAUUAUUUAAAAUGGAAAGUUGAAAAUAUUUCUAUGCAUGAUCAAUUGUUGAUUACCUUAAUGAAACUAAGACUUAAUUUGCCACAUGUAGAUCUUGGCCAACGAUUUAAAUGUAGUCAGGCAACCAUAACAAACAUUUUUAUGACUUGGAUCCAUAUUCUGUAUGAAAACAUUUUCUUAGUAUUUAUGUCUAAAAUUCCAUCAAAAAAUAAAAAUAAGCUAUGUCUACCAAAUUCCUUCAGCACAUUUACUAACUGUAGAAUUAUUCUUGAUUGUACAGAAAUUAAAACUGAUACUACUAGAGUGUCUAUGGUUACACAAAAAGCCACUUUUAGUAGCUAUAAACACUAUCAUACAUUGAAAACCUUAAUUGGUGUGGCACCAAAUGGUGUUGUUACAUUUGUAAGCGAUUUUUUUCCAGGUUCCACUUCAGAUAAAACAAUAACACUGAAAAGUGGUGUUUUAUCUCAAUUGGAACCAGGUGAUUUAAUACUCGCAGACAAGGGAUUUUUAAUUCGUGAUAUUUUACCUCCAAAUGUAUACUUGAAUAUACCUCCAUUUCUGGACACUCCACAGUUCACACCAGAACAAGUUUUACUUACCGAAACUAUUGCUAAAGCUAGAAUCCAUGUAGAGAGAGCUAUUCAAAGAAUAAAAUGUUACAGAAUUUUAGAUCAUAUACCUACAUCUCUGUUAUCCCAAGCUGACUAUGUUUUUAAAGUUGUAGCAUCGCUCACUAAUUUUCAGUAUCCACUAAUUAAAGAAAUACAAAAUAAAAUGUAA